GGAUGAAGGGGCUGAAAGACAAGACUCAAGGAGGAAAGCGCUACGUGCAACAGUUACCUAUUUCUGUCUCAUUCCUCGUCUACAUAAACACCUGUUCUUCCCUCGUGGCAAUCUAGUAGAUUGACGAAUCCUUUCCGAUAUGCAGACUUCAGGAGGAGAGGAAGUGUUUGCAUAGAGAUAGAAGGAUUAGAAACAGACAUGGAUGUUAUGGCGGAAGCCUAAAUACCGCCUAACUUACGCCCCAAUGAUCUUAGCCUGCGCUUAGCAACCGACUCAAGCGAACUGUCCGGAGCCGGUCCGUCGAUCCUGGUCAAAAGGCCGCUGAAACUGGUGCCUAAGUGGAGGGGUCACAUGCGGGAGAUGGACCACCCUUCGUUAGGUUCCUUUUGGCAUCUCGACCAAGAUUUUGAGGCCUUUAAAAGAUAUGUAGACCAAAAGGGCCAAAGAGCCGUCGACCGAGCCAUCUUAAGAUCACUGCGAGGCUAUUCUGACCGCACAGACACGCCGGCAAUGCAUCUGCAGGCAGGACAGACCGAGGCAAUGACGGCCAACCAUCAGGAUCAGAGUCCUCUAUUCUCAAGAAUACCUGCUGAGAUCAGGCUUCACAUAUUUGAACUGGCCCUAACAUCAUUCGAUGAUCCCACAAAACCCUAUCGAGCUGAUCGCAAAUUCUACCGCCCAGGAUAUCACUGUCACCAAAAAAUUGACUGUACAUUGCUGCGGACGUGUAAGCUGAUCUAUUUGGAGACGCGUCUCCUGCCUGUGUCAGUCAAUGAGCAUAUGUUCUGGCUCUGGAAGGGUGGCCCAUUACCAAUAACGACACAACAGAACCGUCCUCGCGCAAGGUGGAAAGAGUGGUAUGAAUCUCUGAAUGAUGACCAGAAACAAGCUGUUCAGACUGUCCACAUGUUCACUCAACAAUACUAUCUAGAAGGCUUCGGGUUCCGCUUCAUGGCCGAUUUGUUCCAAUUCAGGACAGCCCGUUUACAUAUGACCAUCCGUCACCAGGAUUGGUGGUCCUGGGAAUCGCCCGCCGAGUCCAGUGACAAACUCGGCGUUUGUCCAUGGCGAGAAGAUCGUACCUCCUGUCAGCAAAUGCUAGCUGAACCAGAACGUCCCAGCAUGGAGUACAUCAAGGAACGAAUGACAAACUCGACAUGGGGAGGGCAGGUCUGCAAGGUACAAGGCCUGAAAGCGCUCAAAAUCGAGUUUGAGAUCGACGAGGUGAAAAAGCUACAACUGAAGGCGGUCGUCGAGAGAGCAAAAGGUUGGAAGUUCCCCUUGGUUGGGAAAGGUGUUUUUCUUGAAUGGACGGGUACGUUGAAGGAAUCCGCUUGGGAAGGCCUCCGAGACCUCAAGGACGAUUCUGUGGCAUUGAGGGAAAAGCCUGUCAGGGAAGAUCUACCUAAACGAAGGUACUACGUGGUGACGAUGACCUGGAAAGCUACUUCGUUCUGAAACAGAAAAAUCUAUCAUUGAGGUGGAUAGUGGUAGUUCAUGAUUACCUGGUAGUGAAGAAGAGGAACCUACCUAUGUCUUAGGCGAUGAAGCACUUCGUCACCCCAGUCUAUUGACAACCGU